GUGUGUGUGUGUGUGUGCAACAUUUGCAUUUGUUUACUCAGAGUAGCUCAGAUCCAAGGCAUCAUCCCUGCAUUUGGCACAGGCGGAUUUCUGACAUGUUGCACAGGUAAACCUGCUGCGAGGAGAGAACAUGCAAAGCUGACGAGUUCACACACGUCACUCAUGUCAUUGUAUUAGCAACUAUGCAUUCUGUUUUCACACAUUUUUUAUAAAUAAAACAGACUUGCGUUAGGGUUAGGGUUGUGUCUUUCAUAUUUGCAGGUCAGUCAGUGUGUGGGAUAUUUUGUAUAGGCAGGCAUUUCUGAAGGUUGUAACACAGAGGGUUGGCCUGCCUUGGAUCUGAGCUACUCUGAGUGAACAAAUGCAAAUGUGCAAUGGGUGGUUUGCUCAACAAAAGCAGGAGGAGAAUCUCAGCAGGGGUGAUUAACACCUCAGGACUUGCACCAGAAAAUAAAAAAAGUCAGUAAUUCUAGGGGGUGUUGGGUUCAGGGAAUCUACACAAAUUUGCGCAGGGUUAGUAAAUCUAGUGUUAAAUAGAUUUUUCUUGGUGCCAAAUCCCAAAUUUAGUGGCCUGAAUAUGAAGAGUCUGAGCUGCUGUUCUCUCUGUAACGAUGUUUUACUUUGAAAGGUCAAACCGGAACCUGUCUGUUGUUUGUGUCCAUUGUGACACACGUGACAGCGGCGUCUGGCGCGUGUGUACAGUGAAGCAGCGCGAGCAGCUCAGCUGUUCAAACCUGCCACAGACAGAAAGCCCGUCAGCAGCCCGGGACGCUGAACGACACUACCGGGACUGAACCAGAGACUCUACCGAGACUCUGACCGGAGGCUGUCGGUGUCUGACGCGGGGGAUGCCGGUGUGAGCCCGGGCUCUGUUGUGUCUCUGUUCCCGGUCAGAGUCCCGCCGGUACCGGCGGAUGAAGAUGCGGACUCUGGUGCUGCUCUGUCUCUGGCUGAGCCUCCGCCCGUGCAGAGCGCCGCCGGGGCUCUGCGGGCCGUGCCAGCCGGACCGGUGCUCGCUGCCCGGCGGCUGCCGGGCCGGGCUGGUGCCGGACUCCUGCGGCUGCUGCCUGGAGUGCGGGAACCUAGAGGGCCAGCCCUGCGACCCCGGGAACCGGAGCGUGUUCUACGGGCUGUGUGGGAGCGGACUGCGGUGUGAGGCGGGAGGAGGAGGAGAGGAUGAAGAGGAGGAGUGCGUGUGUGAGGAGCAGGAGCCGGUGUGCGGCUCUGACGGGAGAACAUACAUGAACAUGUGUCAGCUGAGGGAGGCCGUCUUCUCCACACCCGAGCUCCACACCGCGGGGAGGGGCCCCUGCAGGACAGUGCCGGUCAUUAAGGUGCCUCCUCACAGUCAGGUGAACGGGACGGGCAGCAGUCUCAUCUUUCUCUGUGAAGUGUUUGCGUUUCCGAUGGCGUUGGUUGAGUGGACGAAGGAGGGACGAGAUGUCGUCCUGCCCGGAGACGACCCACACAUUUCCGUCCAGUCUCGAGGCGGUCCUCUGAAGUUCGAGCUCUCCAGCUGGCUGCAGAUUGAGGGGGCGGAGACGGGGGACUCUGGGACCUAUCGCUGCACAGCUCGUAACAACCUGGGGACGGCCUCGGCCUCGGCUGUACUGGGAGUGCUGGGAGCAGAGGAGCUGUCGUCCUACCUGGCUAACAGUGACAGGAAGCAGCCGAUGGACAUCGCAGACUAUGACCAGGACAUCUACUGAGCUUCAUGAUGUCACCUCCUCUGUACAGGCGUCUCUGAUUUUCUUCUUCUCUGUGUAUGCGAACAUUACUCUGACAUCACACGGGGCAGUGACAUGGACACUUGGCGUGCUGGGCGUUCGAGCCUGCGUCUCCUGUCAGAUCUGUUGUGUGAAACUUUUUUUUAAAAUUAUGAAUAAAGGUUUACAAACUGACCUCUGGCCUCUAACAGACCUUCACAUUUUCACUCAUAGCACUGAGGUUAUAGACAGUUUUUCCUCCUUCCAGUGCAUGUCUGGGCAAGCAGGGCGGGCAGUGCUUGCCCAGUUAACUCUAAAAAGGGGCAUUUCAGUUUGGACUAGUACCAUUUUGGGUUCUUGCAACCUCAAAUGAAUUUAUUUGGGCAAGAGAGGGAGUUAUCAACUCCUGCUAGCUAGCUUGGUUAGAAGCUAGCUAGCAGGCUAUUAGUUAAAGGCAUCUAACUAAUUAAUGCCGUAAUCGGCCUUAAAAUGCGGCCUUUAAGGCUGCAGACCCUGAAUUGGGAUACAACCCAUGUUUUCUACAGUCACUGGUGUGGACUGACUCACUACUGCCUCUGCUGGAUGCUAGAGGAACUGCAGGCUUUGGUGCUUCAUGUUUCAGCCCUGAAGGCUAACGGUGCUGAGGAGCCUGAAUGGAACAUGGAGGCUUCAGAGCAGCUGGAGCACGGCCUGGCUUUGCUUCUGGCUGAUAGUUUCACCACAUGUUGCUUCAGUUUCCUGUGAAUGUCAGACAGAUGCAUGGAGAGGAUUUCAUUCCAGCUGCCGUCUCAGAGGAACUCCGACUUCCAAGAAUCUAAAUCUGGUUCAGUCCGGCCUGUUUCAGGAGGUCCUGCAGCCCGAGCCCAACACAACACGUUUAAAAAGCUCAGCACUUUGUUUUUGAAACGUGGUUUUAGUGUCAGGGUUACAGUUAGGUUAUGGUUAGAGUAAGCAGCUAGGGUAGGCAUUAUGUCAGUUAGAUGUCCCCACUAACAUAUGAAAACCACCGUGUGUGUGUGUGUGCAGCUAUAAAGACAUCAGCUGCUUUGCUUAUUGGCAUCAUCGUGGGGGCGAUCGUGGCUCAAGAGUUGGGAGUUCACCUUGUAAUCGGAAGGUUGCCGGUUCGAGCCCCGGCUUGGACAGUCU